AAAAAUUUCAGCUCACAGAAAUAUUCCUAGUUUGAAGGUCAUUAUUGCUACCAUGGAAGAAAAAUUCGUAAAAUAUUGGGGUGAGACUCCUCAUUUGUUUGCGAUAGCUUGCAUAUUGGACCCUCGACUUAACUUCAAAGGUAUGGAAACUACUUUUUCUGACAUUGAGGAAUGCUUCGGUACUUCUGCAUAUACAAUUCGAUGUCAUAAGGAGCAAAGCAGUUUAAUAUCCCAAAAGCUGAAAAGUCUUUUUGCUGAGUACGUAACUGCCAUGGAAGUGGGCGGACAAGUGAAUACCGUUUCUAAUACUUCUGCAACUCUCACUAGUACACAUCCACCUUUACAGGGAAAUUCAUGGGAUGCUAGCUCCUCCUCCUCAGUUGAAGACAUUUUUUGGGAAUCUCGAAGUAGGCAUAGAAGUGACCCGCUUGCUACAGCAUCACAAGAACUUACAAGGUAUUAUGCUGAGCCACCACCAAGUUUAGAGGAGAUGAAAAGUUUUGAUGUAUUGGCUUGGUGGAAACAAAAUGAAAAGAGGUGAUUAUCGGAGCUGUUUAACGCCAAAAAUGUUGGAGUCUUGUGUGUGUUUGAAAGAUUGGUGGAAAGCUGAGUUUAAAGACUACCUUCAAACCAUGGAUCCAUUGAACGAUGAUAUUUCCAUGGAAGAUGAAGACGAUCAAGUGUCCACUUGAUUCAGUUUAUCUUUAAGGUAAAGGAGCAUAGAGUUCCAAGUUGUUAGACUGCAUGAAUAAACAAGUUCUUCAAGACUUAGAGAAGCGCCUG